UCUUUGUGUUACGUUUAACGUGUCUAUCAGUCUCUAUUCCUUUGAAUACCAUUUCAGGAAGACGGAUAUCGAUAAAAUAACAGUGUACUCGUUUGUGCUAGUAUUUGUGAAUAUGAAUUCGAGAAUCAAGAAUCCCGUAAUAACAAAUCCAUGGCUUUCUGCUGCUCCAAACGGAAAAGCCGCUCACUUCAAAAGCGAUCUGCUGAAGAAAUUCCUUAAAGUUAGGAACAUCGGCGAAAUGAGACGCCCCAAAGCGGAGCCCGUUCGAAAAACCAAGGCUACCGUGACGAAAUUGUACACAGAACAAUUGUCUCCUCUCUACCCGGAAUUCAUGAAAUGCCAAAUCAAGGCGGCUUUGACUUUGUCGGACAACAAUUUGCACGAAGCCCGUCUGUUGCUUGAUUACAAGUACAAAAUUAUUAGGAUCAAGAACAGCAUUGCCGCUCAGCUAAGGCGGAGUUCCUUAAAUUUCAGGCCGUUUUUGAGAAAAUACGGUAGCGGAAAUUCAACUUCGACGUCGUUCAGUGAUGAUAUUGUGUCUUUCGGGAACGGACAAUCGUCGUUUAGUUUUAGUUCUAAUUCGAGUGAUUUUCCUUAUUUAAAUGGCGGUGCAAAUGAAUCUACGGCUGUAAUGAGUGAUGUAAAAUCGUGGAACGAGGAAUCUGCGGUUGAUUCGCACGAAACGAAAGCGAUUCUGUCGGAGACAAUGGAGCCGACGACAAACUUUGAAAUUGGUUCCCCGAAAAGUGAAAAUGUUGAUGUUCAAAAAGGAAAAGUUGGCGUUGUUCUGAUGAAAAAUUCGACUGGGUCUGGUUACACGGUCUCUCCUCUCUAAGGUCAUCGGUGAGAUUAUUAAAAUGUAAGUUACAUAAAACAGUCUUAUAAAUUUUAAAAAAGAAAACUUAAGACAUUUUAUGUUAAUUAGUUUAAAUUUUGAUUCCUUCCAUUUGAAUGGUAUGACAACUGACAAACCAAUGUUAUCCGUCAAUGUCAAAUUUCUUCUUUUUGUUGUAUUAAUUACGUUGGCUGUAUUUGGCCCACGAAAAAAUUUUCACAACUUGAAAAUGUUUACUUAAAUGUUUGUUGUUACUUUGUUGAUUUUUAAGUUGAUAUGGAAAUGUACACAAAUGCAUAUCUUAUAAAAAUUUUUGGUUAGA